AUGGAAGGGGAAGACACCCGAAGCGGGUGGAGUGGAGGGGUCAAGUUGAAGGGGGGAGUGGAGGGGCGCUCGACAACCUGGCCUGGCGUGGCCUGGGCUAGGAGCCUGGGGCGGGCGGUCAGUGGAGGGUACCUGGAGCUACAGAGUCGAUCAGCGCGUGGCGGAGGUACCUGGGCCCUGAAAUCCAUUGGGGACGGGGUCCAAAAAGCGAUGAGGGAUUGUCAAGUACCGGUACAUGGACAAUGUCACUCCGACUCCAAGCUGUUGAGGACCAGGGUGGACCAGGGGGAGACGACCGACACCUUGAGUUACGUACGACAGGUCGAUUCGAAUUUCAUCAAACCGCCGAAAACCGCAGCAGCCAAUUUACGCACCGCACGCUACGAUCCGAUUCUUAUCCAGCCCAAUCGAUUCAGAAUUUCGGAAGCUUUCGUGAGUUGUUCGGCCACUUCUUCUCGUGAGUCUUUUUCAUUGCUUUUUGGGGAAGAUCAUGAUCCAGACAUCAGAUACAGCCUGUAG